CUCAUGUCUCCCAGAGCUCUGAAUUUCUCACAUCAUAAGCCAUAGCUACUCAAUCACACAGCCACCAUGGUCCACUGGUCAACUGAAGAGAGAGCCACCAUCAACUCCGUGUGGAGCCAGGUUGAUGUUGCCAGGGAAGGUGCAGAUGCCCUGACUAGGCUGUUGGUUGUGUACCCCUGGACCCAGAGGUAUUUCAGCUCUUUUGGGAACCUCUCCAAUGCCACAGCCAUCGCUGGAAACGUCAAGGUCCAGGCUCAUGGCAAGAAGGUCUUGUCCUCCGUUGGUAAUGCCAUCCAACAUCUGGAUGAUGUGAAGAAAUCUCUCUCCAACCUCAGUGAGAUUCACUCACAGAAGCUGCACGUGGAUCCCGAGAACUUCAAGCGCUUCGGAGAGGUCCUCAUCGUUGUCUUGGCCAGCAGACUGGGCACAGCUUUCACCCCCCAAGUCCAGGCCACCUUUGAGAAAUUCAUUGCUGUCCUUGUCGCCGGUCUGAGCGCACGUUAUCUGUGAUCUUAUUUACUUUGUGAAAUGGCACUCUCUCAUAUCUACAUCUGAGACAACAAUGUAUAUAAUGUGUAAGAACUGUAAUAAAGGUUCACAUUGAGAACA